AUUUUUAUACUAGUCAAAAUCUGAAACGGGUUUUUUACAAGUGAUAUCAAAAUAGAUCGAUCGGAUUAAUUUUUUAGUGUAACCCCAAUCUACUCCAAAUCCUUGAUAGAUUUCCUCCCCAUCAAAUUUCCACCCAAUGUGUAAGUGUGUAAUCCAUUCCAUUUUUGUCAAUUUCAUUCAUACCCUUCCCCUUUUUUUCCAAUAGGUUCAAUUUUCUUUUCAUUGACUAAAAAAAAAAACAUUUCCUCCUCAUCUGAGUCAUACUCGAGUUAACUCGGAUACACCCAGUACCCACCCAUUCUCACUCCUCCCCUUCACUUUCUCUCUCCUAAAAGCCCCAAAAUUUCCGCCAUUAACAACCUUCAACUUUCUCUCUCCUCCUCCAUCAAUGGAUUCCCCCCCAAUCUACCGUCUCCCUCAAGACACCCUCCACAUGAUCUUCACCAAACUCCCUCUUCGUGACAUCAUAAUCUGCAGAUCCAUCUCAAAACCCUUCAACAACCUCCUCACUUCACCCUCCUUCUGCCACCUCAUCUUCUCCCUUCACCCUCCUCUCUCUCUCCUCGCUCUCCGCCCUCCUCACCACCACACGCGCCACCGUCAGCCGUCCCCUCUCUCUCCUCCGCCGCCGAUUCUCCACGCCUUCGAUCCUUCCUCCGAUGAAUGGCUCAGAUUCGAUCUUACUUUCCUACCCUUUACUUCUCUCUCCCCUGUGACGUCAUCACUCGGUCAGAUCUACCUUUGGGGUGACUCGCCCGACUCACCCGCUCGCUCGCUCGUUGUUUGUAACCCUUUGACUCGGGCUUACCGGGUCUUACCCCAACUCGGGUCGGCUUGGUCCAAACACGGGUCGGUCUUAUCCGGGUCGGGUCAUCGGGUUCUUGUGCUCACUGAACUUGCGACCUUGUAUUGGUGUGAUCACAGUAACAACUGCAAUCAUGGCUUUAAUAAGCAGGAUAACUGGUUGAAGUUUUCGUCGAAUUUGCCGUCGAAACCUCGGAGUCCCAUCUUAGUUGGGAGCUCGUUGUAUGCGCUUUGUGAUGUGGGUUCACCUUGGAGAAGCAUCUGGAAGCUAUUUAGCUGUAAUUUGCCGGAAUUCGAGACGACGUCGUUGGGGUGGAGUAGGGUGGAGAGGAGUGAAUGGGGUGAUGUGUUUGAUAUCUUGAAAAGACCUAGAUUGGUUAAAGGGGUUGGGAGUAAGAUUUUAAUGGUGGGAGGGCUAAAAUCGUCAUUUUCAUUGAAUGCUUCAUGUUCAACGAUAUUGAUACUUAGGUUGGAUUUGGAGAGUUUGGAGUGGGAUGAAGCAGGAAGAAUGCCUUUAGAUAUGUAUAAGUGUUUUCAGGAAUCUUCGAAAUUUAAGGUGUUUGGAGGUGGGGAUAAGGUUUGUUUCUCGGCUAAGAGAGUUGGGAAGUUGGCAUUGUGGGAUAACUCUGCUCAAGAGGUUUUUAGUGGUAGUGGUGGCGAGUGGCGGUGGAUCGAGGGGGCGCCCGGGUAUGGGGACGGGUUGUUGCGUGGUUUCGUGUUCGAUGCGUGCCUUGGGACAAUGCUGUGACUUUGUGGCUCGUUGCUUUGGUGGAUUUCUAUUCAUUAUCAAUCUGAUCAUAGGGGAAAAGGAGGAGAUGGACAAUACAAAAAGCCAUGAGCCAGCUCGAGCCAUCAGUCAUUACAACCAUUGAUGGCGAUUCAUGGAAAAAUUGCAGGCUGAUGAAAAUAGAGACAGAGGUUUAACCCCAACUUCAUAGUAAGAUGCAUCGCAUAAUGUGAAGCAGAUGAAGCUGGAUCAACUUCUUUCCUGCAGAUAAAUUUGAGUUACUUUGUUCAAGCUGGCUGUUUUUUUUUUCUUUUACUUAAAGAAUUAAAAAAUCAAUAGGUCGUCAUAUUAUCUGAUGUGCAUGAAACGUGUGCACCAGUUCAGAAUUUUCUCAACAGAAACAUUGAAUGUAGUAUUGCAUUUUUCUGUGCAAUUUCAACCAUAGGUUUAUAAAGUGUUGUAUUUUUAUUUUUCCUAAAAGAGAAUGAUGUAAACUUUGAUUAUGAAUUAAAGCCUUGGGCUUUAGAAUUGAGUUUGUACAAGGAUUGAAUGGUGCUAAUAUUGAUUAGCUUUUGAUUUGAGUUUGUACAGGGAUUGAAUCAAAAUUUUCAUUUGA